UAUAUAUUUGAAUCAAUUAUUUAUAUAAAUUAAUUUUAAAUUAUUAUUUUGAUUUGAAUUUUGUAUAGAAAUAAUUAAAAUUGAGAAAAAUGAAUGCAAAAGAUAAAAUAAAAAUUGAAAACAAAUAAAUUUUGUUUUGUACUUCUGUAAUAAAUGAUAUUAACUUAUUUAGUAAAUAUAAUAGAUGAAGGGUUAGAAUUGAUUAACAAUAUAAUAAAAAUCUUUUAAAAAAUCAAUUAAGAUAAGCAAGUAUUAUUUUAUACUGUUAUCCAUGCUUCCAAACAAUUCUCAUUUAUACUACUAUCCAUGUUUCCAAACAAUUCCCAUUUAUACUACUAUCCAAGUUUCCAAACAACUCUCAAAUGUACUUCAGUUUUAAUAAUAUAGAUAUGUCUGUACUGCCACAUCUUCACCACCCUAGUUUCGGGGGGUUGAGUUCUAUUAGUAUAUGUUUGUGUUAAAAAAAAAAAAAAGACUACCUGAAUCUAUCCAACGAUAUUUAAUACUUUAGUAUUACAUGUAUUUUCAUUUUUGCAUAUGUCAUCACUCAUCAGCUCUGUCGGCAAACCGAGGUCCACUUUGAUCUUUUCUUUUUGUUUUUUUCUUAUUCUUUCUCAUUUCUCCUUUUGUUUAGUGAGCUCCACUAUAGUAACUUUACUUCAGCUAAAUUACAUUAUUUGUAACUUUAUUUCUAGUUUUUGUAUUUCGAUUAUAAUAUAUUCCGACAAUCUAAUGCAAGUAGAUAUGUGUUACUUCAGCUAAAUAUUUCGUUAUUUAAGUGUUUGUUGUCAGUGAAACUGAGCGUAAAUCGUGGUCACUUAUAUUUUAAGUUUAACCGAGCUUUGCGUUAGACGAAAAGAUUGAAUGAACUUAGUUAAUUACUCACAUGUAAGUAUGUAACUUGUGUUGCAAUUUAGUUAAUAACUUGUUUUUUAGAAGUUAACGCAUCCGAUAGAAAAGGAGAUACCUACUCGAUCUUCCCAAAACAAAUUAACAGGAGCGAGGCAGUGGGACUCACGUAGUAUUUUAUUUUGUAAGUUGAAAUUUUCAAACUUGGAAUGGUCCCAUAUCAUCUAUCUUUCCUGUUAUAGUAGUAAAUGCUUCAAUACAUUUUCCCAUUCUUUAUAUGUUUCAUUUUUCUUAUAGUUAAAAAAAAAAUCAUUUCCAUGUUCAAUGUUCCUCAUAUGUCAUUUAAUGUCAACGGAAAUUUAGUACAUAAUUCUUACUAUAUAUAUUAUUCACAUUUACUCUUAGGAAGACUGGUCGGCUAUCAGAUAAUGGAAGAAAUCUGUAUUUAUAUUUCAUAAUAAGUUGACAAAAAAAAAUUCAUAAUAAGUUAAUAAAUUAAUAAAAAUGCAAAGAGGUGUAUAUACGAGGAUAAGAAAAUUAGUCGCUAUAGAAAAUUGACCAAUAAGAAAAUUAUGCGUGAUUUGUGAUCGUUGAUAUCAACCAUAUAUAGUUCAAUGACUGAUUGCUAAACUGAAGUUUAUAAUUGCUAAACUAAAGUUUAUAAUUGCUACAUUUAAUAACGUUUAGAUGUUUCUUUUGUUAGUUCGAAAUUUGUCUCCAUAACUUAUAGUAGUUCUGACUCAAUUGGUUGCAAGGACUCUUUUGGCAGUGGUUGGUUGAGUUCUUGUUCACGAGUUCGAGUUUCUCCUAAAAAGGAACUGUUUCCGUCUGAACAUAUAUCACCAAGCAGCUAAUUACAUAUUGGAAAAGAUUGUAGAACAAAGGUCUUAAUUUUUUUUUGUUAAAGAAAACCCUAAUAUUUUGCUCAUUAACAUCUACUAUACGAAUCCCCUAGAGACCCAUUCAAAAAUAUAAAACAUCCUACCCACUCCCACCUCUAGAAACACACAAUCUGCCUUUAAUCAAUCAAUUCAUAUUUUUAAAGUUCACCAUUAAUUCUUUGUUAGAUUUAAUUAAUUAAUAAUAACUUAUACUAUAGAACAUCAAACUUUCCGUAAGGAUGCUUGCAAAGCAUAUAUAACAAGAAUUCUAAUAAGCAUUGGUUCAUACAACUACUUGAAAAUUAUGGUUAAUUUGUCUUCUUGUUUUGUUCUCCUAUAAAUAAGAAAAUUAUUUUUCUGGAGAGUUGAUGAUACAUGGUGUUGUAGAAACAGAAACUUUAAUAUUUCAGUAUAUAUAUUUGUAUGUAAUUUAUCCUUAUCUGAGUUAAAGUAAUAAAAAUACUUCAAAAAGCUUUAACUACAUGGAGGCAUACCAGUAUAAUUGAAUAACUUUUAAUCUAUGUAAAACAUGUCAUAAUCAACUCCCCGUAUACCAACUUUAUCAACAAAUAGUAUUAUAUAAUAGUUAGUAAGAUUAAUUUUUCUUAUAGUAUCAACCAGUAUCCCCCUUUAUAUUGAAUACUCUCACCUUAAAAUACAAAACACUAAGUUUCUCUAUUUCUUCAUCUUCAUUCUCACUUGUUUUCUGAAAGCAAGCUUUUACAAUAAUGGGCAAUAAACGCAUAGAAGCAAUGAUGAUUAUGGUGAUGAUUAUGAUGGUGUUCUCAUGGAGGAUUUGUGAAGCCGAGAGGUUAAGAAGACACACAGCAUCAUCAUCAAGACCACAAAGAUUUUUCAAGGUGAGAAGACCAAAUCCACUUCAUCAUAAUCAUAACCAUGGCUUCAUUGAUGAUGAUUAUCCUCCAGAAAGUUUCUCAGGGCUUUUACCCAAGACAAUGCCAAUUCCACCUUCUGCUCCUUCCAAGAAACACAAUGUCUAUGGUUUACAGAGUACCAAUUUCCAACGAUAUCCAUGACCUUCGGUCGCCAAGAUACUUACACAUACUAUUAUAUACACACUUAUUUUUAUAACAUAUAAAUCUAGUUAUGUCUAUCUUCUUUCUCCCCUUUGUGUUUCUUUUUUCUUUUACUUUGGUUUUAAAGAAAGUUUUCUAGGAAGAAAUUAUUGUAUUCCAUCGAGAAUAAACAAAAUCAGGUCGGGCUAUUUUUCGAUGCACGCCUACUUAUUUGAACCCUACUUGUAUUAUAGUUUGGAGAAUCAUGUAUCAUAUAUGCAAACUCAUGAUUGAAUCAUU